CAGGUGGAAGUGCGUAUGCAUGACAGCCAACUAACCUCAGACGAAGUGCACCCCAGAUCACCAUGCCUAAGAUGUUGCGACAAGAUCCGAGGAAACCUCUUGCUUUCCCUCACAGUAUUUGGUGUCAUCAUGGGAGCAGUUUGUGGGGGUCUCCUUCGGAUGGCAUCUCCCAUUCAUCCUGACAUUAUCAUGGUCAUUGCCUUCCCAGGAGACAUUCUCAUGAGGAUGCUGAAGAUGUUGAUUCUUCCUUUAAUCAUCUCCAGUUUAAUCACUGGUUUGGCCGGUUUGGAUGCAAAAUCGAGUGGACGUCUUGGCACCAGGGCAAUGGUAUAUUACAUGUCUACCACCAUUAUAGCCGCCGUCUUGGGAGUCAUCCUCGUGUUGGCCAUACAUCCUGGAGACCCCAAGCUUAAAAAGCAACUUGGAAAGGGACAGGAAAACGACGAGGUCUCAAGUUUAGAUGCUUUCUUGGAUCUGAUUAGAAAUCUGUUUCCUGAUAACCUGGUGCAAGCUUGUUUUCAGCAGAUUCAGACUGUUAGCAAGAAGGUUGUUGUGGAAGAUCCCACUGAGGAGCCUGCCAAUGUGACCGAUUCAUUCUUCUCGCUCAUGAACGACACGGUCCCCAAAACGACGGAGGAAAUAAAAAAAAAAUUGGAGUAUAAAGAUGGAAUGAACGUCUUAGGUGUAAUUGGCUUUUUCAUUGCAUUCGGCAUUGCCAUGGGAAAAAUGGGAGAACAGGCCAGGCUGAUGGUGGAAUUCUUCAAUAUCCUGAACGAGAUUGUGAUGAAACUUGUGACAAUGAUAAUGUGGUAUUCUCCCCUCGGUAUUGCAUGUUUGAUCUGUGGAAAAAUCAUUGCCAUCAAAGACUUGGAGCUUGUUGCUAGGCAACUGGGAAUGUACAUGAUCACCGUGAUUGUGGGCCUCAUUAUCCAUGGAGCUAUUUUCCUGCCGUCUCUGUACUUCGUGAUCACCAGGAAAAGUCCAUUUCCUUUUCUGGCUGGGAUUUUUCAGGCUUGGAUCACAGCUCUUGGUACAGCUUCCAGUGCCGGAACGUUGCCAGUCACCUUCCGUUGUCUGGAGGAAAACCUGGGUAUUGACAAAAGAGUAACUCGGUUUGUGCUCCCGGUUGGGGCCACAAUUAACAUGGACGGAACUGCUCUGUACGAGGCUGUGGCGGCCAUUUUUAUUGCCCAGAUGAACGGCGUGGUAUUGGACGGAGGACAGAUUGUAACAGUAAGCUUGACAGCCACAUUGGCCAGUGUUGGAGCUGCCAGUAUCCCCAGUGCAGGCCUGGUUACCAUGCUUCUGAUCUUGACCGCUGUGGGGUUGCCUACCCAGGACAUCAGUCUACUUGUUGCUGUCGACUGGCUUCUGGACCGUAUGAGGACUUCCGUCAAUGUCGUAGGUGAUUCCUUCGGUGCCGGCAUAGUCUAUCAUCUAUCCAAAGCAGAGCUAGAGAGUCUGGAUAAGCAGCACGCACAACAGCAGGAGCUAGAAAUGACCAAGACUCAAUCCAUCUACGACGACAUGAAAAACCACCGAGAGAACAACUCGAACCAAUGCAUUUACGCAGCGCACAAUUCUGUUGUAGUCGACGACUGCAAGUCUUUCCAUCGAGUCGAAUACCAGUCGUGUCUCUAGGUGUUGUGUUCACUGCGGGGACCUUAGCGUGUAAGGUGACGCUGGCAAAUAACGGCAAAACGGCAGACUUCAAUGCUGUAGUCGAAG